AUUACGAGCAGCGUGCUUCAUAUAGUUCUGGCUACACGAUACUGAAUGGAACACAAGGGCACGUGUUGUAUAAUUUGUAUUGAGCUCUGCAGAGUAUUUACGCCCAAAUGUGGAUGUUAUGCUUGGUUUGUGAAAUAUAUGUUACUGGCCGAUACACAUACAGUGUUAGUUUUCCUUUCACUUUCGAUUCCAAGAAAUGAAAUGGGAAAGACUUCCCUGAAGUACUGGGGAUUCCCCUCCUGUCCAAAUCAAGGCCGUUGUUAACGGCUGUGUUUGUCUGCUUGACAAUAGCUGAUCAUUACGAUCACAAAGAGAUCCGCUCGGACAUAACAGUACACCAUGUAAAAGCACACAGCUGCAUGGCGAGUGCAUCGUCCAUCAAUGGAUUUGUUCCCCGUGUGUGUGGUGUGCAGAACCGCCUUCAAGUACAGAGGAUCACAGCCACACCUGCUUCCCUGUCUACAUCCUGUAUGCGAGUACUGUCUUGAAUCAACAGUUAUAACAACUCUGCGUUGCUCUGCCUGCAUGGCAAGUCACGACCGGGAUGGUACGAACUUUCCCCUGGACGAGAUCGUCCUAGCGGAGGUGUUCCAUGAGACGGCCAAGCAUCACCCCGCAUCCUUGCUGUGCAGCAAUAAAGAGGACGGGAGACAGGCUGUGUGUUGGUGUGAGGGGUGUGGCAACUUCCUCUGUGAACACUGCGAGAGGUCCCACGAAGAGGUCAAAGCAGCCAGACACCACAAGAUGCAGUCGAUAUCCGAUCUAUCAGUCACAGGAACAGGAUCACAAACUGAGUGUGAGAAACACGGUCAGCGACUUGAUAUCUAUGAUAACGACUGCGACCGUUUCAUAUGUCCCCAAUGUUUCUACGAAGACCACGUCGGCCACUGUACCACUCGUGCCGACACAUUCCUGGAAGAUCAAAAGGAACAUCUGAGCAAUCACAUGAAAGCCAUUUCUGAUAAGAUGGAAAACAUAGCAAUGGCAAACACGAACGUCGAUAAGCAAGAAAGAGUUAUUGAACAAAAAGCUACGUCCCUUCGGGAAAUCAUGAAGCACACCUUCUCCGAUUUGAGAACUGUGCUAGAUCAGCGAGAGAAGGAGAUGCUUGUCGAGUUGGAUCAGCUUCUGGACUCCAUGAGGAACAUCAAUGACAGCCGACGUCCUGUCCUGAAGUCAUCAGAGACUAUUUGUCAGUCACUCCUUGACUACAUCAACAAGACUCUCCACUAUGCCUCACCUUCCCACCUCCACAAUCUAAAGAGUUCCAUCACACAGGCCUGUGAGUCUUGUGAACGUGAUGAAGUUCCAAACGUUCACAGACUCGAGUCGUCUGUUGUCUUCUCAAAGCAGAGCCUGCGCGAUUUGUUGUCAUCAGUUUCAUCUUUUGGGAGCUUCCUGACUCCAAUAGGAGAGGCGGAUCAAGUGGAUGAAUUUACCCCGCUUGAUUCAGUUUGUGAGAUGACACUCAAGUCAACUAUUGCAAAACUUCAAACACAAAGGAAAGAUGCAGAAGAGCAAAUAGAAGCACUGAGAGGCAACAUCAAGCAGCUCAGGGGGGAAAUGAGCCGACUGCGCAGGACUAUUGUCAGUUUAGACAAUAAAGCACUCAACGGCAACACGUGCCUGUAUGUGCUCGAGAGCAGCCGGGACAGUACCAUUGCUGCUAUCGAAUGCCCAAAUAUGGUGUUUGACUCAGAGAGGGUUAACCUGCAGGUGGUACACAUCGAUAACCAGAUCCUCAUCAACAGGAGAAACUGGUCAUUCAUGGGCCGGAGUGGGCAGCAAAUGUGGAAGAAUUACAGUGGUACCAGCAGCACCUCCCCACUGCCCUCUAGCGGCCUGGUGUACUGGGAGGUGGAGGCGGAGGCGGAACUGGACAAGCCACUGGGUGAAGGGAGCCUUGUGCUGGAGGUCGGCCUGUGUGGAGAGGAGGUCAUGGACAGUUCAGCCAAUAUAAUUGGCCAGCCAUCCUCGUCUAGUCUCCUGAUUAGCGUCAGCGACAAUCGCAGCACUAUUGGAAUGUAUCUUACAGUGAGUGGACAUACGUUAGCCUUCAUAGAUGACGUGUUUAACAAUGAUGCGGGCAUGCAUGUCAAACUAAAGUACGGAGUUCUCAUUGACAUUGAUGAAAUGAAAAUAUGCUACAUCGACAUCACCAAACGGGAGAUUUUGGGAUGCGGACAUUUGGAAAAGAUGAGUUCUGGUACUGAACUAUGGCCGAUAUUUGGGGUUUAUGAUGGACCCAGGAGAGUUGCCAUGAAGCUUGUCAGUGGCCAGGAGAUCAUUAUGGAGGUCUGGAAGAAGGAGCUCCUUCAGAGAGCUUCCAGCCAGUGAUACGACGAAACUGUUGUUCACCUCGUUUUGUCUAUGUGGACACCUUCACAUAACAACUGUAGCAGAUAUGUACAUACGACUUCCAAAGUGUUUCGAGUUGAGUUCAGUUGAAACAAAUGUACAUUUUAUGUAAUUAAUAACCAGUCGCUGUGGCGAUCCGGGGUAGAAUAGGUCUUCAGCAACCCACGCUUGCCGUAAAACGGCGACUACGCUUGUCGUAAGAGCCGACUGACGGGAUCGGGUGGUCAGGCGCUUUG